AUGCACAAUCCAUUUCUAAUUUUAAGAUCUGUAGCGGUUGUUUUCGUAGGCUCUUGCUCGAAUCCCAUACGGCUGGGUCUAGAGGAUGGUCGCAUUCAGGAUUCACAAAUCACAGUGAAAAGUUCCGCAUCAUCAAAAUUGGAUGGAAAAGCCAGUCGUCUCAAUCUUCCCAAAAUACCCGGUCUUUAUUCAGGAGCAUGGCGUGCUGAACAUGGAGAUAAUUCCCCUUGGAUACAGGUGGAUUUCUUGCGACCAGUGACGGUUACUGGAGUUAUCACACAAGGCCGUCCUGGUAAUGAUCAAUGGGUGAAGACCUUUAAAGUGAAAUACAGGGAUGAUGCGAGUAUGUCAUGGAAACAGGAUCCGCUGGUUUGUAGUUUUUGCGAAGUUGAUCAAGGGGCUUGGAACGAAGUUUUAAAAAAGUGCCAAAUUUAGAAAUUUGGAAAGACUACUUGAAACUUAGUACCUAGUCAAAGUUUAAUCAUAUUUGUACUGAAAGGGUGGGAAAAGCAAACCGUUUCAAAAAUUGCGAGAAUUACCAUAAAGCAAGCCCAUCACGCUUCACGCGAAAAGUAUAGGUGACCUUUUUAAAGCAAGAUGCAAAUUCCAAAGGAAAAUGGCACCCGUACCGAAUUUUCCUGUGCUUGGUCGACUACUUUUUUACAAACAGUUUUGUUUCCUAGAGAGUGAGAAUGUCAUAGUAGUAGUAGAUUUGUUUAAAUAUUUCCAUAAUGCAUUGGUUUAUUUAUUUUUUAAGCUUUUUACUGGUAACGUUGACGAAGAUACACCAAAGGAAAAUACUCUUUCAACCCCCAAAACGCAUCGUUUCUUUGCUGUAUAUCCGAGAACGUGGAAAAAUUUUUGCUCCAUGAGAUUGGAAUUUGUUGGUUGCUAUAUAGGUAAUAAUUGUGAGGUUAAAGGCGGUUUUCCAGUCCUCUCACGAAGCUCCUCGCAGCUCGCUGCGAGUGCUUGCAUCUAAUUAAAAUGAACUGUUUAGCAUUGUGAUCGGAUGAAAGUGCUCAUGUAUCGCUCGCAGCGAGCUGCGAGGAGCUUCGUGCGAGGACUGGAAAUCCGCUUUAAGACGACUACCACGUGCACUACCAUUAACCAAUCAGACGCGUUGAAUGCAUCCGAUCAACCAAUCACAUGCGUACUAAGUCAGUGAAAGGUAGCGGUGGUGGAAGGGAUGGAUCCAGCCAGAUUUAGUAGGGGGAGGGGUGGGCUCAUCCAUGGUCCGGGGUGCGAGUUCUAAGUUCAUAAUCAUUUGGAGCUACAGCAGUGUUCUGUGGAAUGGACAUUGCCCCUGGAAGGGUUUAGAGGUAUUAUAUAUUGUGGUUAUGGUGACAGGAUAUUGCCUUUCCAAAUUGAAGAAAAUGGAUUUGAUGGAGAAUCGACCAAACUCAAAACUUACAUCAGUUUUUCAAGCGCACUGAAGUUCGCAAGUAUAUUCCCACCCUAGUAGUCUUCACUCAGAGGCCAUUGUUUUUUUCUGUACAUUUUCACACGAAUAAUAAUAAUAAUAAUAUCAUUUGUUUAAGCAAGAUAUGUAGCUCGGCCGGUUUACGGAUAGAACUAUAUGUGACUACAUGUUUAGGCAGUGUGGUAUGUUAGCGACCUCAAGCAUGUAGAACGGGAACGCAACGCGACGGCAAACCAAUAGACAAUUCCCAUUAUAGACUAAUUUUACAAUUAGGCAAGGAAACUCAAAUAAAUUACCACAGCUAGAACGAGCAUACUAAAAUUAAUAAAAUUACAAAGUUUGGUUGCGAAAUGUUGUAAAAUGAGGAAAAUAUAGCCUUGCAAAGUUCGCAAAUUUUGUAUACUUUUGUAUUGCUUGUGGAAAGUCCUACCACAUUCCUACCACAUUUAGGCCGAAAAUGUCGCACGCAAUACAAAAGUAUACAAAAUUUGCAAACUUUGCAAGGCUAUAUUUUCCACAUUUUACAACAUUUCGCAACCAAACUUUGUAAUUUUACUAAUUUUAGUAUGCUCUUUCCAGCUGUGGUGAUUUAUUUGCAUCUCCUUGCCUAGUUUUAAAAUUAGUCUAUAAUGAGAAUUGUCUAUUCGUUGAGCCAAAUGAUUGCAGAAGAAAACUUGUCGUCUAGUCCAUCGUAUGAAAAAUAAUACAGUUUAAGGAGGGUUAUUGAUUGAGAAAAGUGCUAGCUAGACCAGUAGUAGGACCCAAUUGGAAGUAGCAAUUGUCCCGGUUUGAAAUAUAAGUAGUAGAUAAAACAUUAGCAGCCGAUCUGUAUCUGAUAUAUACAAACUCAAGCCGAAAUACUUAAAAAAUUACGCAUCUCAUGAGUUCAUUGGCGAGGUAAUUUUAAAAAUAAACAUUGUGCAAGGCGAGAAAAUCAAAGCUGAAGUUUAUGUAAAUCAGGACAAAUCUUUUUUCCGAUUUACAAACAUUGAUUAAACAUUCAUUUCCUUUGUAUUUUCCUCGUGAAUUAUUAAUGAUUUUUUAAGCGUUGCCUCAAGACAUGAUGAUCCGUCUAUUGCCGUUGUAAACAGAACAACGACGACGUUUAAAACUCCCGUGAGAUUUUAAUUGUUAAUUUCUGCUCAUUUUCUUCUAUUUAGUAAUAUCAUAUUAAUAUAGUCGUCCUCGUUUAAAGUGUAAAACUUCUCACGUGUCCGUAUACUAGAUUAAGCCUUGCUCUGUCGUACCUCGGAGGCCGGUUGUUCAAAGCUGGGUUAGCGCCAACCCUGUGUUAAAAUUUAACCCACUGUUUUAGUUUAUAUAUUUCUGCACGUCCGUUUAUUUCAAAACUUCAGAGAAGUAAACUCUUAUCAAUCUAAACAAGAUCUUUGAAGAAAUAUUUCCAAAUUUUUAGAUAAGCUGUCAGGAAGAUUACUUUGAAUUUUAGGUUAACCUAGGGUUAAACCAUGGAUAAUAAAAUAAAUUUAUUUUAUUAUCCAUGGUUAAACUAACCCAGCUUUGAACAACCGGCCCCUGGUACGUAAGCACACGAAUUACCGUAUCCUAUUAAACUGUUUGGUCGCUUGUUCUUAGGUUGUCGUGAUAGUGAACCACUUGGGUUUGCGAAUGGUCUUAUUCAUGCUUCUCAAAUAACUGCGUCGUCCUAUUAUUCCACCACAUCGGCACCGCAAUUUGGAAGAUUAGCGGCGGAAGUGAAUUGGAACGGUUGGCGUAGUGCUGGAGACGAUUCUGACCCGUGGCUUCAAGUCGACUUCAUUGCCAAAGUUAUCGUGGAAGAAGUGCAGACACAUGGACGCGCGGAUAAGUUAAUGUGGACAAAAACGUACAAGCUGCUAUACGGUGACGAUGGCUAUAAUUUUGCGGAAUAUAGUGAAAAUGGUGUGCCAAAGGUUGGUAAAACCACCGUUCCUUGUAUAUCGUUUGCAUACUGA